AUGGCAAAGCCGGUGCCACCUUGUCAAUCAGUCUGUGAGGAUGCUCGCAAUAUAGCAGAGCCCAUUAUCAAAAGAUUUAAUAAUCAAACUUGGCCAACUGCUUUAGCUUGUAACAAAUUUCCAGUACAUGAUUUUGGUGUCUGUAUCAAGCCGAGUUCAAUUAUUUCUGGUACAUCAACACCACCCCCUAUAAAAAGCCGAGAAGAAUGUGAAACCACAUGGUCAAGUUGGGGUAACUGUUCACGCGAGUGCAACGCAGGAUAUGCGAAGAGAUACCGAUUUAUUCACAUUGAGGGUUCAUGCUCUAAAAUUAACGAACUUAAUCCUUGUCACCUUAAAGACUGUGGAAUUAAAUAUUGCCUAAAUAGAUUUGAUAAACCUAGUUUGUGGCAGUUUCGUAAGAGACGAUACACAUUUGGUAUUCGUGCUCGUGUUAUUUCAGUGGAACAAUUCGAUACCUCUGCUAAAGUUCUUGUAAGAAUAUCAGAGGUUUUAUUUGCGAAAGCUCACAUAAAGAAAGGAUUUACCACAUUACAUAUUAAUUCUACGUGUAUCGGUGCAAAUUUGAUAAGCACCAAAGAUUAUAUAAUUAUGGGUCAUAUGGACGCAAACUAUCCUCCUCACUUGACUAUCAGCUUAUCCGAUAGUGCAUUAGACGAAUGGAAAUCUAGGUGGCGUACUCAUGUUCCAAACUGGGCUAGAAAAGUUUGGAGAAAGCACAAAGAAUUGUAUAUUAUAAAUGAUUACGUAUCUACUUAA